AUAAAGGCAGGGUGGGCAGGGAGUGCCCAGCAGCAGCGUGGCACUGCCAGGCAGCCAGGAUGGGAGCACAGAGCCUGGCGAUGGCGUGUGGGGCGCUGGCUUUGUGCCUGGCCCUCACCGGGGCCGCCAACCCUGGCGUCGUGGUGAGGAUCACCCAGGCUGGCUUGGACUACGCCCAUCAGCAGGCCAUCACGAUCCUGGAGAAGGAGCUGGCCCAGCUGAAGCUGAAGGACAUCUCGGGUGACUCUCGCAUCCGGCACGUGGGGAAGGUGCACUAUGAGAUCUCCAGGUUGUCCCUUCGCAGUUUCCACUUGCCACACUCUCGGAUCUCCCUGGUCCCUGGCGUGGGGCUGCAGGUCUCCAUCUCCAAUGCCUUCGCUGAGGUGGAUGGGAACUGGAGGGUGAAGCUGCUCUUCAUCCGUGACCACGGUUCGUUUCACCUGAAGGUGGAGAAUGUUUAUAUCAAAGUCAACCUGAAGCUGAGCAGCAACGGCUCCGGGAAACCCACCAUCAGCAGCUCCAACUGCAACACCCGCAUCUCCAGAGUCAGGGUGCGCUUCUCGGGCAGGCUUGGGUGGCUUUACAAUCUCUUCCACAGUACCAUUGAGUCCAGAUUCCGGAAGCUCCUGGAGAGCAAGGUCUGUGAGGUCGUGGCCAGCUCUGUGCGCAAGAACCUCCAGCCCUACCUCCAGACCCUGCCAGUCACAGCCAGGAUAGAUGCCACGGCUGGCAUCGAUUACUCCUUGGUGGCACCCCCAACUGCUACUGCCCAGUCCCUGGAUGUGGACCUGAAGGGUGAGUUCUUCUCCCUGGCCCACCGCUCUGCCGUCCCCUUCUCCCCGCCGCCUCUGGCUCUCCCCCCGGAUCACGACCGCAUGGUUUACUUUGGGGUCUCCAGCUACUUCUUCAACACAGCUGGCUUCACCUACCAGGCAGCUGGGGCACUGGUCUUCGAGAUCACCGACUCGCUGAUCCCAAAGGGAUUUGAUUUCCACUUGAACACCACCACCUUCUCAGCCUUCAUCCCCCAGCUGGACAAGAUGUACCCGGACAUGCCGAUGAAGCUCAGGCUGUCUGCCCCCUCUGCCCCGUUCCUCAGCAUCGGACCAAAGGGGCUUUCACUCAGGCCUGUUGUGGAUAUCCAGGCUUAUGCCAUCCUUCCCAACUCCAGCCUGGUUCCUCUCUUCCUCCUCAGCCUGACAGGCAACGUGUCUGCUGUGGUUGACGUGAAAUCAGGCCACGUGGCUGGGAGCCUGCAGGUGGGCAGGAUGAAGCUCUCCCUCAAGCACUCGGAUGUCGGCACAUUCCAGGUGCGAAUGCUGCAGUCCAUAAUGAACAUCUUUUCUUCCAGCAUCCUGCUCCCGAAUCUGAAUGAGAGGUUAAAUCAGGGUUUCCCUCUGCCACUGCCGGACAGAAUACAGCUCUCCAACAUCCUCGUGAGGUUUUACCAGAACUUCCUGCUGCUUGGAGCAGACGUUCAGUACCAGCCCCGGUGAUGGAGGUGAGGCGAGGAGAGGGAUCUCCAGCACGGGGAAAUGCCUCUUCCCCCCUUCACUCCCCCUGGCCCUGCCACUGGAGCUGAAGAGCGCUGGUUCUGCUGCCGUGUCCUCCCUGCCUGCCUCAGCGUGGGCUGGGGCAGGAGCCCUCCAUGGCCCUCAGCCGGGCCUGGCCCCCUCCUCUCCUCUCUGCCGGGCCUGGCCCCCUCCUCUCCCCUCUGCCGGGCCUGGCCCUCUCCUCUCCCCUCUGCCGGGCCUGGCCCCCUCCUCUCCCCUCUGCGGGGCCGGCUGGCAGCAAUAAUAAAGGC